GACCAGAGCACAGCCUGAGCUGCCGACGGGUGCAUCCCUCGCAUUUCCAUUUGUUUUAAACCAUUUUUUUCAUUUAUUCUAUAAAUUGCCUCGUUGCUAUGCCGUCUCUGGAGCCAAUCAUUGGAUUUAACAGAACAGAGUUGUUGGCGUCCUCCUGUUGCUACAGUAUGUUUGUGAGUUGCCUCCCGAAUGCUGUGUGACCUCGGCUGAAUCGCGAGCGCUGUGUGGCGGCGCUGAAAGCUUCAGGAACCGCGAGGAGAGCAGAGGAUUCCGAGCGCCGGGAGAGAAAUGAGGAGGAAACAGCUGUCUGUGGCUGGCAUUGUAUUCGCAUGGAAACUGCUGCUGUCUCUCAGUGUGUGUCAGUGUAAGGAGGUGGACAAUGCUGGAAGGACACAGCAGGCCCCAAUGUCUCCCUCUGAUUUUCUGGACAAACUGAUGGGGAGGACAUCCGGAUAUGACGCAAGGAUAAGACCGAACUUCAAAGGUCCUCCAGUCAAUGUUUCCUGCAACAUUUUCAUCAACAGCUUUGGCUCCAUUGCUGAAACCACCAUGGACUACCGUGUGAAUAUCUUCCUUCGUCAACAAUGGAAUGAUCCCAGGCUUGCCUAUGCUGAGUACCCAGAUGACUCUCUGGACUUGGACCCCUCUAUGUUAGACUCCAUAUGGAAACCAGAUCUGUUCUUUGCCAAUGAGAAGGGAGCCCACUUUCAUGAAGUCACUACAGACAACAAACUGCUCAGGAUAUUUAAGAAUGGAAAUGUUUUGUACUCCAUUAGACUAACAUUGACUCUGUCAUGUCCAAUGGAUCUUAAAAACUUCCCCAUGGAUGUUCAGACUUGUAUGAUGCAGCUGGAAAGCUUUGGUUACACAAUGAAUGACCUGAUCUUUGAGUGGCAGGAGAAUGGACCAGUACAAGUGGCUGAAGGGCUCACGCUCCCACAAUUCAUUCUUAAAGAUGAAUCAGACCUCAGAUACUGCACCAAGCACUACAACACAGGUAAAUUUACUUGUAUUGAGGUGCGAUUCCAUCUUGAGCGUCAGAUGGGGUACUAUCUGAUCCAGAUGUACAUCCCUUCUCUGCUCAUUGUCAUUUUGUCCUGGGUCUCCUUCUGGAUCAACAUGGACGCUGCCCCGGCCAGAGUUGCACUGGGUAUCACCACUGUCCUUACCAUGACAACACAGAGCUCAGGCUCCCGGACUUCACUGCCUAAGGUUUCUUAUGUGAAGGCCAUAGACAUCUGGAUGGCGGUGUGUCUGCUGUUUGUGUUCUCUGCACUGUUGGAGUACGCUGCUGUUAACUUUGUGUCAAGGCAACAUAAGGAGCUGCUGCGAUUUAGACGGCAUCAUAAAAGAGAAGAAAAGAGCAAGAACAGUGGAGGUGCAGUUGAUCCCGUGGUGCUAGCUGAUUCCCUCCGCUAUGUUAACAAUGACAACGGCCUCAAACCAUCCGACCCUCUGUAUGGAUCUAUGAGCAAUAUCUACACCAGCAACCACAGGGAAGGGGAAGUACAUGAGAGCAUGCCAACCUCCAAAACUGCUGCGACCUCAACUCCCAGCAACAGCAAGGAUUUAAAGGCUAGCACCAACAAUUCUGUUACUGUUCUGAGCACCCAAGGAGCCACAGCAAAGACAACCCAGAAUCCACCAGGAGUGGCAGCGUGUGGAGGGGGUAAAAGCACUGAAGAGAUGAGGAAAUUAUUUAUUGACCGAGCCAAAAAGAUUGACACUGUGUCGAGGGCCGGUUUCCCUCUGGCCUUUCUCUUUUUCAACAUAUUCUAUUGGGUCCUUUACAAGAUACUUCGACAUGAAGAUGUACAUAAACAGUAGGUCCAGCAAGAGCGUAGAUUAUUUAUAUACAGUACGUGCACUCACAUGUCUUUGUACUGCUAAUAAUAUGAGGACUUCCCUUUUAAUAUCCUCAUCCUUUAAUCCCAAACUUCCCCUGACCUUGAGAACCAUUCUGGAAGACCUCACGUUGCAAAUGUCUUGUGUCUAAAGGCGUAAAACUCACAAUGUUCAGAAACCCAAAAGUAUCCAAAAGUAUGAAGUAAGUUGGCAAGAUUAGUUUAAAAAAUAAUGUAUAGAGCAGGAUUCUGACAGUAUAGAAUAUCUGAAUGUUACAGUGUCUGAAAACAAAGUUCAGUCUUUGUGGACAGUUUCUGACUUUCAAGAACCCUUUAGUAGAAUGAUUGAACAUAUCCAGCAUGGAUAAGUAUAUUGCCUAUCAUAGAUGCACUAUGAGUUAAUUAAAUUAGAUAUGUAAUAAGUAAUGUUCCACAAUAAAGUGAUGUGGCUCAGCUCACUCACAAAUUGUUACAUUAAAUGUUCAGUUUGUGAAAAAUAAGAAACUGAUAUAGGCACAAACUAUCUGUACUAACAUGUCUGCACACAUUUAAGAAAUGGUUCAUAACACAAGGUGACAAAAUGAUUAUAAGCAGUCUGAUGUGUCAUAUUAUCUAACCUACCCAAGUGGGGGAAGUCAGUCAGCUUUGCAUGUGCCAAAGCAGGGUGGGUGAUGACCCAUGUCUGUGUGGUGACUAAGACAUAAAUGGAUAGAGUUUAAAUGCUAUGCUACCUGGAUGGUCAGCAUCAGAUAUUUGUUUUUUCUAACACAUUUUGACUAGAGGGCAGAAAUAUUUUAAGAAGGCUCCAAACAGAAAAAUGACAGCAAAAAGCCUUGAGUCCAGCCUUUAUUUCACCAACAGUAAGUGAAUCUCUGUUUCACAGGCAAAAUGCAUUUAAACAGAUUAAUGAGGUAAUCUACAGCCAUCAUAAACCCAUGUCAAUAUCAACAAUUCUCAGGAUUAAGUUUGGUAAAGACAGCAUGUGAUGAAUAAAAGCACCACAAAUAUAAAUAUUUUGUCAGUUUGUAGUUGAGCUGAUGAUCUUCUACGCUAAAUUCACCCAAAUCUGCCUCUUGGCUUGUGCUGUAACAACAGGGCCAAAUGUUCCUCUUGACAUCUGUCAAGAAAUUGAGCCAAUAGCCAAUUGGGGGUGGGCGAUCUUCCGUAGAAAUGAUGAUAAACGAUCUGAAUUGAUAUUAAGUUCCCUGCUACGAUGAUCAUCCCAUUUGGGUGAACCGUCAAAGAUGUUUCAUGACUUCAAGCGCUACCUGAGCCUUAGCUUGUGGGGGAAUGUAUACUGCCAGAGUUUUUGUCAUUGUGAAUUCCCUUGGAAGAAAAAACGUUCUGCACCUUACCGUGAGGAGCUCUAGGUUCAGGCAGCAGUGUUUGUAAACACCAGCACCAGCUGUUGUUGACGGUAAGACACACACCUCCUCCUCUGAUCUUCCCGGAGUCCCUCAUUUGGUCCUUCUCUGUAAACAGAACAGCCGGCUACUUUGAUCGCCACGUCUGGGAUGUUUUUGUUCAACCAGAGGCCUGUACUAUGAAGCAGGAUUUGCGGUUAUCAGGGUAACAUCAGGUUUAGUUCAUAAUUGGCGGUUCUACGAAGCUCGUUCACUUCGUAUUAGGGUGGACUGUUAGAGGGUCUCUGAGGAAUACAAGGCUCUUCAGAGACCAAGAAAAUAAUUUUACAUACUCCAAUGAGAAUCUAUAUCUUUCAUAAAGAUUCUCAUCAGAGGGAAUACUAAACCAUUGUAAGCUGCUGGAGCUGAACAUAACCAACCCGACAUGUAGGAGAAAUGUGCUCAUAGUACCACAGACUGUCUGCAUAGCUCUACGUUUCUUUACUUGUGGGAGUUACUUAUAUUGAUGUACUGGAUGUGUUAGUGGCGGUGAACUUAACCAAACAUACAUUGUUUUAUACUUCCCUUAUCAUUCCCUCUAAGGACAGUACGCACUGCGCAACAGUGUAGUGUAAUUUGCGUGAGAGCUGACUGCGCAAGUGGGUUGGGUUGACUUACCAAGUUGAUAACCAGCUUUGUGUGACCACUUAGUCUGAUUGUUAUUAUUAGGUUAAGUUCACCUCAAACAGACUCUGGUGAGUUGGUCUGUACGGUUAGCCUUAAGCCUAUCGUGUAGCCUGGCUUGCUUCCCCCGCUUCAGUUUCCUCUCCCUCCACCACCUGUGUCGUUUCAUGGUGGUAUUGUAAUGCCAGUGGUCUCUGGGACACAUAGGAUCUCUGGGGGGCUAAAAGAAAUGUUGAAACUGAAAUAGACUUUUCUGCCCUGACUGCUGUAAAUUGUUGUUUCUAACUUUGCGAGUCACAGAAAUUGAGAAUAAUUUACUGAAAAAAGAAUGUUCUCCCUGAUUGUCUCAUUUGCUGUUGGUCAAAAGAGGCAGCAAUAUUAAAAUUAGACUGUUUCAAAACCAGUUAAAAACUCCUUGUAGCAACUUUAAAUGAGUCUGAAUACACUGUGGAAGUACUACAGUGUAUGGAGGACAAAGAGGUUGCUACUGCCAAGAGUGAAGCGGCACCAGGCGGUGAAGACAAAGGUGCAGAGCUUCUUUGUACUGGGGGAAGCAGUGGUGCUACUGGGGAAAAAGUGAACUGAUGCUAACAGAAGAGGAAUUUCUACCUUCACCAUGAGUAACACUACACAAAAGCUUCGAAAGAGGAGACAUAGUUCAGGAUACCGAAAAGAAACAGAAGAAAACAAGCAAAGCCAAUGGGAGAAUUAGACGACGUUGCAUAGAGUAAAAGCAACAGUGCUUUGUUACUUACACAGCGACGUACAUGUUUUUAUAUUCCCAUUCAAGACUAGCUUAGCACAUAUACUACUUGUGUAUUUGUAUUUGUUACCCUGCGGUACUAAGAGUUUAGCCUAAAGUUUCUAGCUCUGAUCGGCUCUUUGUUGUUUGAGCAGUGGUGAAAGUAAGCUGGUAAUCAGUACCACUAAAUACUUUAGUGCCACAAAUAUUAACCACAUUACGACACAACACAUAGCUUAGCUUCUGAAUUGCUCCAGUGUUAGUGCAUACCUGUGCACUAACACUGGUUAGUGCUCAGUGCAUACCUGUGCUAUUGAUUAUUAAUCAGUGUUGAAGUGAACUCAACUGCCUGUUCUGUACGUACUCCGUUUGAAAUGGAGAUGAGGGUUAUUAGCUGCCAUGAGCCAUUGCCCAUUGAGAUACUUUACUAGAAACCUAUGAUGGCUCACUUGUUUCCUUUUCCACUUCUUUAACUUGGGAACAAUGUACUUCAAAACCAUUCUGAUCAUCACCAUGAUAAUCGCCAUGUAUUUCAUCACAGUUCUUCAUUGUAUCGAGACUAUCUCUCCACCCCAACAAAGUGUCUGUAAUGUGGGGCUUUUCAAUACGUUUUGAGAUUUACAAUACUGACAGGGACCAAGAAUAGCCUGGGAAAACGGGAAGCAACACUGAACUAGAGAAGAGGUGAAAAAGACUCCUAAGAUAUGUGCUGUAGUAUUUGACUGAUGCCACGACUCCGGUGGUACUUUCCAAUCUGAGGUGUAUCACACAUAUUUUUCCUGACUCAAGCAAUUUAGUAAUUUAGGUAUGAAACUUGUUUUUUUGUCUCUGAAAACUUUAAUACUGUUGUUUAGUAAAGACCUUGUGGACUAAAAUAUGGUUAAAAACAAUGCAACACCACAUUAUCCUUCAGAAUUCUUGCUGUGCAGCAGGAAAAAAUGCAUUACACUCCUGAAUUGUUUCUCUUGUCAUUAGUUGUAAUUAUGCAGUAAAAGAAAAAUGUAACAGCAUGCGUUGUGAGUCAGUUUUUACUGCAUGUAACUGAAAUGUGCAAAACCCAGGUUUGGUCAUGUAAGAGAAUGAAGUCCCAUUCAAAGACAUUAAGGCCCAAUCCCAUUUCACCCCUUGGUCCUGGUCCUACCCCUACCCCGUGUUUUCGAAGGUUAUCUUGCCCCUUGAAACGGAGUCACAAGGGGUAGUGGUUGAAAUCUUCCCCUACGAAUUGGGACAGCCAUCCAAGAAGCUGUUACAUCAUCAGUAGUCGUCCCGUAAACCUGACACGUCAUCAGUAGUCGAUGCGAAAUUACGGGAUUAUCAUGCCAUGAAAGAUCGCUAGCAUGCUAACGCUAGUAUGCUAACGCUACAAUAGCGCAAUCUUUUUUUUUAAGGUUGUUGUAAAAAAAGUUAAUACAUUGAAAUUAUAUUAAAGCCAUGUUUCUUGUAGUAGCCCAAACUGGACAAACUAAACACCUUUUCAGUUUUUAUGACAAUUGAAGGCUACCACAGGUUCUAUUUCAUGCUUGGAGGUGGAAGGUGAGGGGUGUUCAGCUGCAACAUGCAACUUCAUCACUAGAUGUCACUAAAUUCUACACACUGAACCUUUAAUAUUUUUAUACUUAAUAUACCUUUCUUUGCUGUUUUCAAAAAUAAAUUUAAUUCUGGUGAUUACGUUAUGUGCUGAUUGGCUCAUUAGUAAGUGUUGCAACUUUUCACCCAAAAAGUAUCCUCAAGUAUUGGAGCCAUGGGUUUGCAUCACUAGAUUUCCAAUGAAGUUUUCCCUACAUAAUAAUCCUUUAAACAGUUUACCUUCUUUUAUCUGAGCCAUGAGUUUCAUGAAUUUUAAAACUGCUGUGUUUACUUUGUUUUUAUUAUUACAUUGUGCUUCAAAUGUGGUUAAAGUGUGCUGAUUUGUGGAGAAUAUUUGGUCAACUUGCGUACUUACACUGUCAUGAAAACUCUGAAUUAAGCUGACUACAGUCAGUGUAUGUCAUGGUUGGAAUAUAUUGUGUAAUUGGACGAUUUUUGUAUCUCAGAUCUUUUGUUUCAAUAUUCUGUGAUAAACACGUUUUUUAACAAACCGUUACAUUACUCACUUCCUUGUCGUAAGUUCUCCCUUUCAGUUAAGUGUCACAUAACUGAGAAAACACAACAGUGCUGAGUAUUUAUUUAGUAAUGAUUGAUUGAUUGAUUGAUAUUUAGACUGUAUGCUGACUAUCACUAUUUUUGUGUGAAAAAAGAUUUAAUGUUGAUUAAAUUAAAUUCUAUUGGAUUGAA